GGAAAUGGAAAUGCAGUAUCAAGGGUUAAACAAGCGGAGAGUCGCCCGUCACGUCAUUCUAUAACAUAAUGUCUCCGUGCAGAACACCAAGAGCCAGGGAGGGGCUGCCGUAAAACACACGCAUAAAAUGCACGCUGAGACCCAAAAGAACACUUCCUGUUGAUGAAAAACAUUUGCAGCAGCGACUAUCUGACACAUCUGGACCGGAGUGGGGGGGAGGCCUGGCUGCAGUGAGACGAGACACGGGGGGAAUGGACAACAUUUGAUCCGCAACAAGACGGCUGCCGACACGCUGGAGAGAUACAUCCGAGACAUGGACGAGGGCAGCAACUACAUUGAGUUUGACGUGCCUGAGUUCAGCAACACUGUCCUAAGCCAGCUCAAUGAACUGCGGCUGCAAGGGAAGCUGUGUGACAUCAUCGUUCACAUCCAGGGUCAGCCGUUCCGUGCACACAAAGCGGUUCUGGCGGCCAGCUCGCCCUACUUCCGCGACCACUCGGCCCUGAGCACCAUGAGCGGCCUCUCCAUCUCGGUCAUCAAGAGCCCUGAGGUGUUUGAGCAGCUCCUGGGCUUCUGUUACACCGGGCACAUGUCGCUGCAGCUCAAGGAUGUCAUCAGCUUCCUCACCGCCGCCAGCUUCCUGCAGAUGCAGGCCAUCAUUGACAAGUGCACCCAGAUCCUGGAGACCAUCCACUCCAAGAUCAGCCUCCCGGUCGGCAGCCCAGAGAAAGAGGGCUCCCAGAACAGCCCCAACGGAGUCAACGACAGCAACCUCUUUGUGAACCCCACCCAGAUCUCCCCCCCGUACUACUCCCGGCCGAGCCAGGCGGGCCUUACGGAGGCUCGCGGCGAGCUGUCAGUGAAAGGGCCCGCCAGGAUAAGGCAGCAGCAAGAGGAAGGCCAGUCGGACCGCGGCAGCAGUGAUGACGUGUCGGAGCAGGAUGCCCCCAUAGAAGGAGAGAUGGAACAAGUGGAUCUGAUUGGCAAGGACGGGCUAGUGACGGACGUCCACGUCAAGGUUGAGAAGACGGACAGGCCCUCUUACUCGGACAGCUCCUCCGCCGGUGACGACGGCUACCACACCGAGAUGGUGGACGGGGAGCAGGUGCUGGCCGUCAGUGUGGGCUCCUAUGGGCCCGUCAUCCAGUCCACUGCCUACUCUUACUCAGGGCUGUCCUCCCCUUGCUUCGUGAGCCUCAGCGGCUCCAGUCCCUCCCGCUCCAUACUCAGUGGCUACCGAGGUGGGCGAGCCCGGGCCAAGCGGCCGCUGGCCAUCCCCGCCACCGUGUUGAGCCACGUCAAACCCGGCUCAGAUGAGGUUGAGCCCGCCCUGGGGUCAGCGAGUCUGGAGAACGACGUGCGGGAGCGCAGCCUGCGGAGCCAGUGGUACCCGUACAACGAGAGACUCAUCUGCAUCUACUGUGGGAAGACCUUCAAUCAGAAGGGCAGCCUGGAUCGCCACAUGCGCCUGCAUAUGGGAAUCACCCCGUUUGUGUGCAAGUUCUGCGGCAAGAAAUACACAAGGAAAGACCAGCUGGAGUACCACAUACGUGGCCACACGGACAACAAGCCGUUCCAUUGCCAGAUCUGUGGCAAAUGCUUCCCGUUUCAGGGCACCCUGAACCAGCACCUGAGGAAGAAGCACUUGGGGGCGACGGAGGGAAGCAACCACGUGGACUCUCCGGAGGGGAGUUUGGUUCAGAAGGACCCAGAGGAUAGCUCGGAGAGGAUUGCCUUCGAGACCACGUACACAGAAGAGGCACAGGCCAACGAUGCAGAGGAGAGCUCCAAGCUCAGCCCGGAGGAGGCUCAAGCGUCCGGAGUCGAUUAUUAGGGCACUUUGGGAUUAGGAAGCUUUAAGAAAUAUUUCAAUUUUAAACUAAACCUUUUAUUUUAUUUUGUCCUCAACUUUGGUUCAAAAUUGCAUAAAGGGUUACUGUCCAUUUUGUGAAAGUUGAUUGUUGAAUUCAAAGAGACAAUGGGUGCUUUUUUGAAGUUUGAUUAUUUCAAAGGAAAGGGAUUAACGAUUUACUAUUUUUCAGGAGGUCCCAAUAAUCAAGGCCCCCUUGUUUGUUUUCUUUUUUAAUCUUUCCAUGUUUUUUAAAAACAUAAUUACAGAGUUAUAUAGGCAUGUUGCAAUAAUUGAUAAUGUGAAAGCUCUGGUAAGAUGCUUGUCAUAUCACCUUUUUACCUGACCUGUUUUUGCACACGUGGCCAUAAGGCGGCCACUUACUCACAAGGAAUGAUUUUUCUGACAGUGCAAAGCUUCGUGUGACAUAUCCGUUCAAUACCUCAUUUUACAACUACAUACUCAUGACAGUCUUUACGGAAAUCCGACAGGUUCUACCUCAUAGCCAAGAACCUACGAGGAACCGUAGUGUUCACAUUUAAAAAAUUCUGUUUUUGGUUCCGUUUUAUGUUCUAUUUUGUCAGUUUUUGGUUUGUAAUUGUUAGGUUGUUUGUUUUCCAUUGCCAAAUCCUGGACAGAGCAUUCUCCUCAACACAAAGCCUUGAUACUUAAAGUGAAAUAUUCCUUGCUGAUUGUAUGGCUUAUGGACUAAGUCCUUUGUUCAAAUGUUUUCACGGUCAGCCAGGUUGAAUCGACGCAGAAGGUGCUAUGGUAUGAAUGCACAAGACUCAUUAGCUAGGUUGUGUAUUUGUAUUGGACAGAUGGAAGGAAUUGGGUGAAGAGACCAGCCCUGCAGUCAUUCGAUACAUGAAUUGGGCUGGCUUUCUGUCCACGUUCCAGGUCUUGUAUCAUGUUUUCAGCGUUCAUAUCACUACUGGAGCUCAGCCUGGUGACCAAGUUGUGGGGGCUUCGAAAGGCUACACGAGCUAUCCUCAUACCUUACAGUCAUUUGCAGUGUUCAUUAUUCUGAUUGAAGUUCUAUACCUAACGACUUCACUAUUACGUGUAUUCUUGUUCUUCGGGUGGGUGGGUGGGUGGCGGUGGUAGGGGACCUAUAGAUUAGUCUGUUUUACAGAGACAAAAAAUGUAUCUAUGAUUUCAGCACAGCAGGAACAACUAUGGAUCUAUUCAUGUACAUCUUUUAAAGUAUACUACUUUUAAUAAUAUGCAAACAGAAAGAAGAAAGGAAUCUCAGCCAUCUCGAAAUGGUAUACCUCCUCAUUUUUAUUUUCUAAUAGAAACUAUGGGUUCUGUUUUUAGUUUUGUAUUUUGACCAUGUCUGAGAUUAUCGUUUAAAUAGCAGGAUCAUUUCAGCUGUGAUAUUUGUUCUCUACUCUGGAGCAGGUGACUUAAAACCAAUCUAAUUGUAUGCUAUUGGUAGCGACGUGGUGUGGGUUAGGUCUCCAAGAGGGAGAGGGUUUUAAUGCGUAGCUGGAGAGCCAAAGUCAUGGUGCACAUUGUGGUACAUGGGAGAGGCUUGGCCGUGCUGACCAAGUGAAAAUUAUGCUAAUUUCGGUCUUAACUCUUAAGUGCAGCGGUCUGAUGACAGUGGCAGGUGACCCCCGACUUGGCGUUUGGGUGAGGGCAAACUUUGAACAAUCUCCCCUUCACUCGUCUGCUUGACAUCCACUUUUUCAAAGGGGAGAUGUUGACUUGCAAAUUUAGAUUUUUUUAGUUCAGAUUCUUUACACAAGUUUGGCAACUCUUUGCCACUAGAUAUGCUUUUGAAUGGUAUUUUGCGUAUGCCCUUCGAAACUUUUAGAAAUAAGGAUUUUGUCUGACUAAUAAGUAGAAGCUUGUGUUUCUAUUGAGCUUUAAAAUAGUACAUUUAAAGGCAAUGCAUUGUAAUGGCACUUAAGGGUAAGAGCAAUUAUCCAAUCACAGCACUGCCCUUUGUUCAAUACUUGUAUGACAAACAUUUUGAAAGGGCAACUGCCAUAACCAUCAUUUUUUUGUCCUGUCCGUUGAUUGAAAAUCUUAAAUUUGUUUCUUCACUUAGAGGUUUUAGCAUUUGUUUGGGAAGAUUUAAAAGUUUUGUCACUCGUCUUUUUAUUUUUUACUUUGUCACACCGCCAGUGCAGUUUGUAUUGAAUAUAUGCACACAACCUUGGUUUGGCAUUUUAGGACACUAUUAAGGUACCCCCAUGUUUUAGGGGAAUUCAAGAAAAAUGCGUAUACUAGCUCUUCAUUAUUUUAUGAUGUACGUAUCGCUAGGAAAACCUGUUGUGAAGAAAGCAAACAUUGUCUACUUCUUUAAGUACUUUUCCGUUGAACGUUUGCUUCCUUAAGUCCGCUUUGGCAAUCUGCUACUGCAAUUUGGCGGUAGUACAGCAACUCUUUCAUCUUUAAGUUCUUAAAUAGAGCGUUUCUUUUUCUUAUAACUUUCCCUGGAAGAAAUUUGGUCGGCUUGCAGUAUUGUCUAAGACCUCCACAACAAGGCGUACAAGCUGAACAAACGUGUGCCAAGAGUUGACACCAAAGAUGUAUCUAAUGGGCAAAUUUGAACAAUAAUGUAAAACUGCUAAAUUAAUGGUUUUCUUGACGACUAGCCUGUCAUUUGAUGAAGACCAACUUUGUUUUCGGCCCCGGUUCUUAUUAAGGAAUGUAUAGGACCCUCCGCUUACAGCAGUUGCUUGUCUUUUAAAAAUAAAUAGAUAAGUUAUGUUUAGGUAAUGUUCCUAACUAAGCCAUAAUAACGCUGACAAUAUCCUAGUUUGUGCAAUAGGUAUUGUAAUUGUUUUAAGGCCAUUGUAUUCAAAAAUAUAAACAAUUAAAAAAACACAAAGUGGCAUCUUAAAUGUAGUGCCUUGCCACUUGCUUUUCAUGAUAGAUACAGGCACUUAAUUCUCUGUGCCUCCUCGCUAAUUAUGUAGAUAGAAUAGAGUUAAGAAUCAAAUGUCUUAUUUUCUCUUAAAACAAAAUGGGAAUUGGGAACCGUAUAGUAAAGUGCUCCUACUUCGAGCCCUAGUUUAUCAUUCGAUGGCUUUUCUCCUCGUAAUGUAUUGAACAUUUUAUUUAAAGUAAUAUAUAUAUAUAUAUAUUGCUUUGAAUCAAUCGUAAAUGAGACACUCCUGUAUACCAUUGCCCCAAGUACAGAGACUGCCUCUGUGUUUUCUUUCCUCUCUUAGCACUGAGGACAAUCUAAAUCAUCUUUUGACUAUCCAUCAUUUCAAUAAUGAGAUGAGUGAGAUGUGAUGCAACAUCAAGCCAGGGAACAGCUUCUUUCACCAUUUGGCAGAUACUUAAAAUUAAAAAUCCUUACUCUAGAGAAACGCCACGCUUGCCCUUAUAUACUGUGGCUGAAUUGCACAUCACCCGCCCACAAAAAUUGUAUAUACAAAAUAAUGCAAGUAGAUGUUUUGUAACUUACGAAGAUUUCUCAUAUUUGUGUCAUUAGGCACAGCCUUGCAAAGAUCCGUAAAUGGACGAUUCAGACAACACCGUUAUUGUUAAUCAUUGGGACCACCCUAAAAGGAAUUGUGGUCCCAUCAGUUGAUUUAGCGGGCAGUACCCUGAUCAAUGGUGCUUUAUAAACUUGUCAGGUUUUUUUCUGUUAUGAUAUCCCAUAUUUUAGGUGAGUGGUGACUUAUUCCAAAAUCAGUUAAAUUUUGCAGAACCUACAACACAAGAUCAUGGUAAACUUAGUGACUUUCCUUUGUACAUUUUAAGGGUGAUGGAAAGGCAUAUUAGUGGGCCCUAAACAAUUAAAACCAGUGUUUACAGGGAAGAGUGUUGGACUACUUCUGGAAUUUCCAACUUGUCCUAUUCCUUCUUCAAAGACACACUUCAGGUAGUUUACAAACACUGGUACAGGCUUAGAAAAAUGAAUAAUCUUAAGUCUUCCAUAGGUUUUUGUUCCGUCAGUUUCUGUCCACUGUGUAUUAUUCAAAAGGAAAAAAGCAAUAAUAUUUUUAAGUGUUGUGUUUGGGUCAUCAAGCCUAUUUGAGAUCAUGGCUUGCAAAGUAGUUAACAAUGCGAAUGUCAGGGAGCUGUCGAAUUGAAGUUGGACCUGGGCAAAUUUUCUUUCAUGUCGAUUAGAUGUAGUUUUGUUUAUUUUCUUCCCUUGAAAUUUGGACGGGAUGACUUCCUCCUCAGUAAUAAAAAAGAACUGCUAUUGUUGCUUUCUGUUAUGCCAGGUUAAGCACCCAUCCUCGUUCUAUGACUGUAGGUCAACUGCAACACAAAACAUGGCACUUGUCAGAGUUGGAUAUCCAGCUGUUUUUAAAGAAUGAAAGGGAUUUUUGGGCGGGCUGCAAAGCCACUGUUUAAGAGCGACAAUCUGUUUCCAUGUUAAGUUGUACUGGUCUCCCUCACCCUCAUCCCCCUGCUGGCACUGAGACAUUAGACCUAGUCGGACAGGGAGAACAGGAUGUCUAGAGGCCCUUUCUAUGGCCUAUGUCCUUUUUUUUUUACGUGACACAUCCUGAUCUCUACCUGCGCACGUCUCUAGCUCCUAUUUGGUGAAAACGGAAACACAUCGACAAAAACCUAGAACUCAGGGUCUUUAGCGUUUAAAAAAAAAAAGUGGUCCCAUUGAUGGGCGUACAGCUUGUGUCCAUGUAGUGUAAAUGUGCACUUUUCUUCAGGUGAACAAGUCCUCAAGUCAGUGGUUCCCAAACAGUCUGCCUCAAGAUCUUAGCGAUCCUGUGUUUUCCAGAGCUAAAGCCCAAGGGACACUGGAGACCAUAGACUUAACCUCGAACGCAGGUCUGGCCCUCUCCUGUCUUCUCCACUCUACACACAACCUCACAACCCAACUGUGAACCUCAGAACUCUACUGUUUUGUAAAACUAUGAAGUAAAUGAAGCUAGCUAGAGCUGGUGUCGUAUCUAUUAACUUGCCAUUUAUGAAUUUAUUUUAUAGCAUGAGAUAAAAAAAUAUAUUUAUUCAAAUUCUAUAUAUUUUACUCAUAAUCAUUCUGUGCUGCUUUAUUUUGGUUCUUACGCUUGUAAAUUGCUUUUUUAUUAUACAAAAAAAAUGUCAAAAGAAUGUGUUUUGUUUGUAAAAUAAAGAUGCUGAUUUGGCUCAA